AUGGUGGAUAAGUAUGGCCUAGGCCCCCAAUGCAGUGCCCCCAUCUGCCCCUCCCUUUUGGCACUGACCAACUUUGACCAGUCCUGGAAGCAGCUGGGUCUGCUGUUCAGCCUGGGAAACAGAAGUGAGAGCAGCCGGGAGCGACUAGGAUCGUCUAGUGAGCAUCCCGCCGGCCGCCAGAGCCCUGCGGAGUCCGGCGAGCGCGAGGCGCCCGAGGCCGCGCCCUGCGCCUGCUGCUGCUGCUGCGGCCCCCGCGCGGCGCCCCGCGGGCCCUCGGAGGCAGCCGCCGGGCUGGGCGCGCGGCUGCCGUGGCCGCUGAGGCUGGGGCCCGCGGCGCCCUUGCCCUUGGCCGCGCCGACCGGAGGCUCGGGGGCGCUGCCCGGCGCGGGCGGCCCGGGCCCGCAGCGGCGCACGCGGCGCCACCGCACCAUUUUCAGCGAGGAGCAGCUGCAGGCGCUGGAGGCGCUCUUCGUGCAGAACCAGUACCCCGACGUGGGCACGCGCGAGCGCCUGGCUGGCCGCAUCCGCCUGCGCGAGGAGCGCGUGGAGGUCUGGUUCAAGAACCGCCGGGCCAAGUGGCGACACCAGAAGCGCGCGUCAGCGUCCGCGAGGCUCCUGCCCGGACCCAAGAAACCCCCCAAGGAGAGCUGUUGAUGGCUCUGGGAGCUCCUCCUGACCUUGGCCGCGUCCUUUGGGGCCGGCUCAGAGAGUGGACAGACCAACUCGAAAAGGAGCUGAGAGAGGACACCAGCCUCUUGCCGUCUGCACAGCUUCCUGCAUCCGGGAGCUAAGGCUCAACGCAGGAGCCCCUGUGCAGGAAAACAGAUGUCUGUCUCUUCCAUGGUGGGCUCAACACAACAGCUGGCCAUUAACGUAGGUGUCUUUGAGGCUGAGUCCCUCCCAUCUCAAAUUCUCCCUGGUUUCUCUCUUCCACCUUCAGCCUCUGAUUCCCACGUCUCUGCCACCUUUACGUCUCCAGCCAGGCCUCUCCCCUGAGCUAGAUGUUAAUGUCUAACUGUCCCUUUGACUACUGCACCUGGAAGCCCACAGCAAGCUCUUCCCCUGCGCAUGCUAGGUGCAUGAGCCAGAGGGCUGGCACUCACCCCGAGCCCUCUGCUCCUCACCCACUGUGCCUAGGCCAACAGCAAGUUGAUUUUAUUUCCAAAACCAAUCUCAGAAUCUAUUUUCUCUCAAGCUUCAACUGCGCAGCCUGAUGAAAACUGCCAUCAUCUCUCACCUUGACCGCCAGCCGCCUCUAGUCUUGUCCACCUGCACCCACUCUGGUUUCUCUUUAAUUCAUUCUCCAUGAAAGCCAGGGUGCAAGUUUGAACCUGCCUCUCCCCUGCAUACGACACUCCAAGGCUUCCCAUUGCUCCUAGAAUAAAAACAGAACUCCUCACCAUGACCCACGAGGCCCAGCGCAGCCUGGUCCUGCCCCUCUCGUGUCAUCUUGCACCUAACUGCUCCUUGUACUGUGUGCAUACCCAAAGGUCGUCUCCCUCCUACUGCUGGGCCUUUGCUCAUGCUCUUCCCUCUCCACCUGAUCAAUGCCAGCUCAUCUUUUGGAUCUGCAACCACUUCCUGCCUGGGGCCACUUCUCCUGACUGCCCCCUCGGUAAGAUUGCCGAAGUGCAAGCUCUUUUCUUGCUCCAGUGGCUGUGGUUUUGCAGUUGUCUGUGGGAUGACUAACUAGUGUCUGUCUAACCCAUUUGGCUGUCAGUGCUGCAAGGGCAGGAACCGUCACCAUGGAGGCCCCGGUGAGCCUCCGGAACGACUGCCUAUUGUACUAAAUCAUUCCAGGGCAAAUCUUUCUUCUCUGACGAAAUUCACAACCUCCUUUUGGGAAGAAAUGAUCACUCCUGAAGAAUGCUUAGGCAACCUACUGGUCCACUUCAGUGAGAAUUAGCCCUCUUCUGGAAAGCCCACUC